AUGGCAGCGCUGGUUCUUAAGGCGCUGUCAAAGCUGCUGGCGACCGGCACUUGGCCUCGCCGUCGACGCGCCGUGCCCGUCGCCAAGCACCACGAGCCGGACCACGAGCCGGACUCGGACCCUGACCCGCUGCUGGACAGCAGCGCCUUUCCGCACCUCCUUGACCUGAUCAUUGCCGCCAGUCUUCCACAUGAGCUCAUGGCCCUCCGGCAGACAAGCAAGGGGGCGCGAUCACGCGCGGACGCAGCCCUCUUCUCACACGUUGCCAUCAUCGCUCUCGACUACCCAACCGUCGAGUACUGGGCGCCGGAUAUGCAGACCCGUCUCCCGCUCCAGCCCAGAAUGGAUGCAGACUGGAUCGACCAUGCCGCCAAGCUCACCCACACUCGCACACUGGACAUCUAUCCAGCCGGUGCGCGCGGCUCUGGCCCGGCCGCCACGCCAGCGUUUGUUCGCGGUCAGUGGGCGUUGGGUGCCUGGCCGCCCGCAACCCUCCUCCACAACCCCUCCAUCGUGAGACGCGCCGAUACAUCGAUGCCCCACCCUCCCACCACCACACUUGUCGAUUACAUCGACCUCUCCUCCCCAAAUCCUCCCGACCAAGGCUUUAUCCACGCCAGUGGCGAGUGCGUCGACUACGUCCUCCACCUUUCUUUCGUGCAAAGCAGCAACAGCUUCCCACGUGGGUUGAUGAUGCGCGGUGCGAAGCGCUCGCACGGGGUAAAGAGCGUCACCCUCGUCCUGUGCCCUCAGGGUGACGGAGACGAUGAGGAAUACGAAUACCUCGCAGGACGAGCCGACCGCUUCGAUGUCCUCCUCCCCUUCCUGCACAGCCUUGUGCCAUGGCUCGCCGGUGGCGCGAGUCUCACCCUCGUCGGCGUCGAGCGCUGUCAGCCGUACUACAUCGGCAUCGCUUCUGGCCACCCCAUCGAGUCUCGCCGGCAGCGUCGCCGAAACCGCACACGCCGCAUCUUUGGAGGCAAUGACCACGUAGAGGUGGACGUCGGAGGCACAAUCUCACCGCAAAUGACGAACGCCAUGCGCGCACGAUUAUACGAGAUCUCCGUUGCCGACGCAACGUUCGGCCGCUCGGUAGAGGAGAACUGGCACUGGGACCGAAGCGAGAUUGACCGCGCACACAAAGUUUCUGAGACAAUGCGCGUAGUCACGUUUGACCAGUGGCGCGCAGAAACGGAUAGCAUCGUCGCUGAGUGGCGACCAAAGUUAUCUCUUUGA